CCCAGUGGAUUUGAAUGCGCCCGACAUCAUCUACACUGCAGAAGAUGAUGAAGCGAUCGAAAAAUUUCACCGUGGCAACAGUAUGUCCUGAAUUCAUUUUCCCAUUCUUAAGGUAACAUACCUGAUCGAAUCCCAGUCCAAACGUCUUGGCACUCGCUCGGGACUUGUGCCAUGAAAUCAAGGGCAGAUCAAGGAGUCGUUGACGCUCGGCUAAAUGUGUAUGGUGUGACAAACCUGAAGGUUGCAGACUUAUCCAUCGUGCCGAAGAAUGUUGGUACGAACACUUAUUCGACGGCGCUCAUCAUUGGAGACAAGGCUGCGAUGAUCAUUGCUGAAGACUUGGGUAUUGAAUAUAGACUGAAAGUUAUUGUCCGAAACUCCUCAAGCGCGUCUUUGAUGCGCAUCCUCAGAGUAAUCCUGAACAUGCAUUUGGCGUGACUCGGAUGUGCAUG